AUGGCUUCUCAAGAGUCACCUGUGCCGCCGCUGGGAACACAGUCGAAAUCGAAGAGGAAACAAUUUAGUAGUUGGUUCGGAAGGGGUUCCAUCGAGGCGUCAGCACCGGAUGCGGAGCACAACUAUCGUCCUAAAGCUACUCUCGGAAUUCUGAGUGAUAAAGAGACUGACGAGGUACCUGGAACGGUCCUCCUGCUCUCUUCGAAUCGCAACGAGCCAUUGGGCUUGAGACAUCAACCUCAUCGCGAAUCCAGCUCGUCCAUACCUUCACCUUAUCCUCCGUCGCGUGCUUCUUCCCGCUCUGCACCAAUACAAAAAAAGACGGCCAACGGCCAGAUCAUUUUGAGCCCACAACCCGAUGAUUCGGCAAACGACCCGCUGAACUGGCCCGUAUGGCGCCGAGACGCUGCUUUGAUAUCGCUGGGCUUCUACUGCCUGAUGGGCGGAGGUAUGACUCCGAUUCUGGCUGCAGGCUUUUCACAGGUUGCUUCAGAAUAUGGCGUGACUACUCAGAAGGUAGCCUAUACCACGGGCUUAUACAUGCUUGGGCUCGGCAUCGGAUCUGUGGUGAUGUCCCCAACCGCUAUCUUGUUCGGUAAACGACCAGUCUACCUUCUCGGUGCAACUCUCUUCAUCCUUUCAGCAGUCUGGUGUGCGCUGUCGCCAAAUUACCCCAGUUUGGUUGUCGCCCGGGUUUUCCAGGGUAUUGCGGUGAGCCCGGUUGAGUGUCUGCCGUCCGCGACUAUUGCAGAGAUCUUCUUUUUGCAUGAACGGGCAUACCGUGUUGGUAUCUACACGCUUCUCCUUUUAGGAGGCAAGAAUCUCAUUCCUUUGGUCAGCGCGGCUAUCAUCAGCAACCUAGGAUGGCGUUGGGUGUUUUGGGUUGUUGCCAUCGUUGUCGGCGGUUGUCUCGCUCUUAUCUUUUUCUUUGUGCCGGAAACAUUCUGGGAUCGUACUCCUCGACCCCAUCGGCCCCGCAAACGCCCUAGCAUAUAUCGAGGGAUGUCAAACAUCAUGGCUCAUGGCUUCCGAGGCCGGCAUCCCCAUGCCUCUCGUCUGGAGGAUCCCUCCCCUGAUGAGGAUGUGGCUAGUGUCCAGCCAAAGAAGGCUAAGAAGGGUCACGUUGGAUUUGUUGAAGGGGCGGAUGACGACAAAGUCCACGAUCUGGAGAAGAUUCAAAGUGGGGACCAUGGAAAUCAAAUUACUCCUGCAGUCGACACACCGGCAAGCCUGCCAGGCCCAGAAAUGUCACGUUCCGCGGAUCAAGGGAAUACUGAGAAACCUGACGGGCUUCUGACAUCCCCUGGCCCAGUGGCGAUAAACCCUUCUGAACUCGAAACGGGUCGGCGAUUUGAAUUAUCUCCGGCUCGUAGCGAAUCCAUUGACCCUGUCCCGCCGGCCACUCCAGCGGCGCAAUACACCAACCGACUCCGCGAGCGGCCCAGGAUUUCUUUCACGUACUACCUUCGGCCUUGGAAUGGACGUAUUGCUCACGAGAACUGGUUCCGUGUUGCAUUGCGACCUUUCAUCUUGUUCGCCUACCCUGCAGUGCUGUGGUCCGCUACCGUAUACGCUCUCUCCGUGGGAUGGCUCAUCGUGAUUUCCGAAUCAGUCGCCCAUAUUUAUGAGACGCGAGAUAUGUACAAUUUCACGGCCUUGCAGACUGGCCUUGUGUACAUUUCGCCGUUCGUGGGUGGUCUCCUAGGAACAGCAGUAGCAGGCAAGGUUUCGGAUAUCAUUGUACAGUACAUGACACGGCGCAACGGAGGCAUAUACGAACCAGAGUUUCGUCUAGUGAUGGCGAUUCCAAUUGCCAUCUCGACAACAAUUGGUCUAAUGGGAUUUGGAUGGAGUGCUGAAGAGCGCGAUAUGUGGAUUGUGCCGACCAUCUUCUUCGGUAUAGUCUCUUUUGGAUGCUGCCUUGGGAGUACGACUUCCAUCACGUUUUGUGUUGAUAGCUACCGACAGUACGCCGGCGAAGCGCUGGUGACGCUAAAUUGGUGCAAGAAUGUGUUCCAUGGACUCAUAUUCUCCCUUUUCAUCGUCGACUGGUUGGAUGCAGAAGGGUCCCGGCUGGUGUUUAUCGCUCUGGGAGUGAUUCAGCUAGGGUGCCUGCUGUUCACGAUACCCAUGUACAUUUAUGGUAAACGGUUUCGAAUGUGGACGGUCCGGAAACAGCUUAUGGAGAAAUUCUAA